GCAGUUUUCACUCCUAAAUCAAAGAUGUGGAAAGCUGUCCUUCCUUUUUUUGCUGCUCUUUUUGUUGGAUUGUCUUGUAUGCCUGGGGGCAUCUUUAAGAUAGAAGAUGCAGAUAAUAAUGAGGGGUUCCAGAGAGCACUGAAGUUUGCUGUUGCCCAACACAACAACAGGACCAAUGACACAGCCAUCCGCCAGGUCACUAAGGUGGUCUCAGCUGGUUCUCAGGUGGUAGCUGGGUUGAAAUACAUCAUGACUGUGAAUUUAGCAAGAACCAAUUGUGAAAAGGGGGGAUCAGAAGAAAACUGUGCCGUCCACAAAGAGCCAGAACAUGCUCAGCCUUACCAGUGCCAUUUUGAUGUGUGGAGUCAGCCAUGGCUCAACAAUACCCAGCUGACCAAAGAGGAGUGCUCCACUCUUGAAAGCAAUUGACCUUAUUACAGUUUCCUUGCUGUAAAAAUAAAAAAGCAAAAUGUUAAAAUGAAGGUAUUUGAUGAUAAAAGACGUUUUUCAAUAAAUUUUAAAU